AUGGACAGUAUUAUGUGGAGUUUGGUGAUGACAUCAACAUUAUUGUUCAUUAUAAUUCUCUACACGAAAAUCAAAAGUGCGAUUCUUUCGAGUUAUUACAGCAGCCCAUUACCAUUAGGAACUCUUGGAUGGCCUUUUAUUGGAGAAACCGUUGAGUUUAUUUCUUGUGCUCUUUCUCACCGCCCGGAGAGCUUCAUGGACAAACGUCGUCGCAUGUACGGGAAGGUUUUCAAGUCGCAUAUAUUUGGAAGCGCGACUAUAAUUUCGACAGAUGCAGAAGUGAGUAGAAUUGUUCUGCAAAGUGAUGGAAAAACAUUUGUGCCAUCUUACCCAAAAUCUCUCACAGAGUUGAUGGGGAAGUCUUCUAUAUUGCUUAUUAGUGGAAGUCUACAAAGGAGAAUCCAUGGAUUAAUGGGUUCUUUCUUUAAGUCUCGAAGUUUGAAGGUUCAAAUCACCUAUGACAUGCAGAAGUAUUUGGUGGAAUCAACAGCAAAAUGGAGUGAAGAUUAUCCUGUUUACAUCCAAGAUGAAACAAAAAAUAUUGCUUUUCAAGUACUAGUGAAAGCAUUGAUUGGUUUGGAUCCGGGAUACGAAAUGAAUCUUCUAAAGAAACAAUUUCAAGAAUUUAUUGGGGGUCUCAUGUCUUUACCAAUAAAUGUGCCGGGGAGUCAACUCUAUCGAUCGUUGCAGGCAAAGAAGAAAAUGGUUAAGAUGAUUCAUAGGAUUAUCCAAGGAAAAAGGAGCAGCAAACCAGUGGUUCCAAAAGAUGUAGCAGAUGUUUUGAUCAGUGACACGAGUGAACAACUAACAGACGAUCUAAUUGCGGAAAAUAUCAUUGAUUUGAUGAUUCCUGGUGAAGAUUCAGUACCCGUCCUGAUGACUCUUGCUAUUAGAUACGUGUCUGAUUGUCCUUCUGCCCUUCAGCAAUUGACAGAGGAGAACCUGAAAUUGAAGAGACAAAAAGAAAAUUUAGGACAGACAUUGUCUUGGAGUGAUUACUUGUCACUGCCUUUUACACAAAGUGUGAUUACAGAAACUCUAAGGAUGGGAAAUGUUAUUAUUGGGGUGAUGAGAAAAGCUACAAAAGAUGUACAAAUAAAAGGGUAUUGCAUCCCUAAGGGAUGGUGUGUGUUAACAUAUUUCAGAUCAGUGCAUUUGGAUGAUGAUCUUUAUGAUUUCCCUUAUCAGUUUAAUCCAUGGAGAUGGCAAGACAAGGAGAUGAACAUUUGCAAUUUCACCCCAUUUGGAGGAGGACAAAGGCUGUGCCCUGGACUUGACCUGGCCAGGCUGGAAACCUCUAUCUUUCUUCAUCAUUUUGUUACUCAGUUCAGAUGGGUGGCUGAGGAUGAUUCAAUAAUCAAUUUCCCUACCGUACGAAUGAAGGGAAGAAUGCCAAUUUGGGUCAAAAGAAGAAGAGACUUUUAA